UUUUAACCACUGAUCAAUAAAAGGAGUGCAACACUAAAAAAAAAAAACCUUUGUUAUUCCUUUUCAAUUUUAUUGAGUUUGGAUGGAUUGACUCUCUGAUUUGAAUUUAGUGAACUUUGAGAUUUAAAACCAGAUUUGGAGUAGUCUUUCUUAUCCAUAUUUUAAAAUAUUAUAAAACUUCAUCUGGCUUUGAGGCAACAAACAUUUCAUAUUUCAUUUCCUGCAUUGCUUGUUUGUCCACCAGCAGUGCAUGAUGUUUCUGUAAUGCUCUUCCAGCAUGUGUCACAUUAGAUUUGUUCCCCGUGCACAUUCUGCAUGUGUUGACGUUGGCAUGCUUUAAGUACAUCUGAUUAUUCAUGUAUAUAUUUUAAUGUUCAUGGCAGGUGCACUUUUUAUUUAAAUCUAAUUGCACAUUUUUGAUCAAUCACUUAAGCACAGGUGUUAUUUUCUAGUGAAAUAUUUGUUGAAUUAAACCCAUUUUAAAUAACUGGUAAUUCAUUGGAAAGUAUUUGUUUCUGGUAUUCAGUUUUAGGUGGUCAACUGCUUUUUAAUAACAAACAUAGUAAAUCUAAAGAUGGACUGUCCUCGAUCGGAUUCUUCUUCAUUGACACUAUGAUGCAUUAUACGCAUGGCAUCACCUGUCACUCGCUUUCUUUCUCACGAUCCACUAGAAAACAACAUUUGUCAAAAAAGUCAGCGAAGGAGACAAACAAUUAGAUAUCUUUCCAUCUGGCUCCUUAAAACAGUUGCACCAGUGAGUGCAAUUACACUUUGGCGUAAUCGCUGUCUUGGUGCCCCCUGGUGCACAACAUUAGCAGCACUAUGAAUCAUCAUCAUGAUUUUCCAAGGAUUGGCAUUGUGCUGCUUUUACUUUGGGUCCUGCCUUGGUCAUGCAUUUGUGAUUAAGGACAUGGCUUCAUCAAACUUAUUCAUUGCGGAUCACCUGCCGUCACUACAUAUUUCCUUUAAAAAACUUUAAGCGUCGGCUGGUUUCUUCUAAAUAUCUGCAGCAGUGUAGAAGGCCUCACAUUAACACGUCCUUAAGGGCCAGCAGCCAAAACGUGGCCCUUCCGGGCUUCAGCUGGCUGGCAAACAAAGCGUGGCGGCAGGGGAGACCUCACCUGCCCCCGGACAGGGACAGUGUUUGCUGUCGCUCCGACGGCGCAGGCGAGGAAGCAGAGGACGUCAGGCCACCUGAGGAGGUUUGUUUUUUUAAGUUCACGACGUUUGUCUUGAUUUCUAUCAACCGGGUCUUCCACUUCCAGAUGUUCAUCAGCUCAGUUCUUCUGCAGAUUUUCCCUUAAUCCAGAUGAGUUAUAAUUCUUUUUUAAGAAAACCCAAUCUGAAGUAGUUGUCCAAAGGGAUCUAAAUAUUUCACCAGGAUGGUGCAGGCCAGCUGUUGGAGAGAGAUGCCUCACCACGACGGUUUCGCCAUCAGAGAGGAGAAUGCAAAGAUGGGAGGGGGUUACUGCGUCACAGAGCUCUCGAUGCGAGGACCGGUCUGCAUGGAGCCACCAACCUAAAGAUCUCCACAGCAGGCCAUUUGAAAGCUUUGGUGACGGAGAACAUCCUUCCUCAGGAGUCGUUCGUCUCCCACGUGCCUUUAAGAGUAACCGAACACUGUCUCUCUCUUAAAUGUCUAAUCAUCUCUGCAAGGCUGCAUCGCAUGCUCCCAAUUAUAGCAAAUUAUUGAAAAUCAAGCUUUCCUUGUUGCUCGCCCGUGGCACCAAUUGCAAUCAUAUUUGUGUGCAUAAUCAAACACUUUGCUCUAAGUUGCAGAUCAAAGUGUCGGGCCAGAGUGGUAGUUUGGGAUUCAGCAUUGCUGGUGGGAGGGGCUCUCUGCCUUACAAACACUAUGAUGAGGGCAUUUAUAUUUCCAGAGUAAAUAGAGGGGGGGCAUCAGAAAAGGCCGGGGUCCAUGUUGGUGAUGGAUUGCUGGAGGUCAACGGCCUCAGUAUGCGGGCGGCCACCCACCACGAAGCCGUCAGCGCCCUGAGGAAGGCUGGGAGCUGCGUCGACAUGAUAGUACUCAGAGAACAGCCGCCGCCUCCAGAGGCGUGUGACCCAGAGGAGGCUCGGGACGCGACGGGUCCACGGCCGUGCGGCCAGGACGGCGGAGGCCAGAGGGGCGAACGGCCCCCGAUGGGGAGGAUAGAAGACUGGUUGCCAGGGGAGAUGGAGGCGGCUGUCUGCAAUGGCAACGGAAUAUCUGAUUUGGAGAGUAAGUUGUCUGAGAUGGAAGCCUCGAAGAAGAAUUAUUCACUUCAAGGGGGGAAACACACAAUGCCAAUCCCGCGGAUCAUCCUCACUCAUCCCUCUACCUCAGAUGAAGAUGUUGAGCUCUUAACACAGAUCCCCCGACGAGAGGCGCUACACAAGUCCGACACUCCUGACAAACGCCUACACUGUUUUGACAGCGCUUUCCACCCACCUUGACCGCAGCCAAAAGGUACAAGGAAGGACAUAGACUGUUAUUACUUAGCUCUUUUUUUUUUACACAUUACUGUGGUUGAUAGUGUAAAACAACCUAUGGGAAUGUAUUUUUUCUUCGAGAUUCUAGUGCUGCUAAUAGUAUUUGGUGAUAUUAAAUUCAUUUGCAAGAACGGCCAGAGUUUUUCCUGUCUAACUAUAGAACAAAUACUGUAAAGCUGGAACGGACUACUCUGUAAUGUCCAAAUUAACUAAUAACAUUAAAUACAGUCAAUUUAACAAUGGACACAGCUAGCUACCUCUACUUCACACCUUUGUGCUAAAUCGUGUCUAGGGCAAUGACAAUGUGAGGGUCUGAAACUUUUUAUAGUCUCGGCCAAGAUGCCACAUGCCUGGAUUGAGUCGACAGGAAGUUUGCGUAAUGCAGUCCUGAUGAAGACUGAACACACAUUUAGCCUGUCAAUACCGGCCUCGUAUUAUUUCACUCUUUUACAUUCUCACAGUCACAACAGCAGAUUGUUCAUUACUUUCUCAAUAAAGUGCCCAAAUA